CCGAUCGAUAUUGAAUUUCGUUAAUUUACGAUUGAAAAACCGGCGCUUUCUUUGCUUUAAAAAAGAUGGUUAAGCAGUGUAAAAGUUGACUAAAUCAACAGAAUUCUUGUACCUUACCGUAUUUACAAAAGAUUCUACAAUGAUGAUCCAAUUACCAGGAGAGAUGUCUUUUGAAGGAGAUGUUUCUGAGACGAAAGUUCUACUAUCUGCAAAGCAGUUGGAAGUGCUGCCGAGGGAUAAAGUUUUCUUAUUCAGUCGGAUGAGCACAGGGACUGCUAUCAGCACAGAUAUCACACCAGAUGUAGUAACAUCAACAGUUAAUCAAUCUAUAAUCAACAGUAAGUCAAUCUAUAAUGCAGAUGAGCUGAGUGAGCCCUCUUCGUCUUUGGACAGCCCGUCUUUUGAAGAUGCUGAUCUACUCAAUUCAUCCAAUGUUGCUGAUGUCACAGCUCAACUUGCUGCUGCCGGGCCAAUUGGAAUGGCUGCUGCAGCAGCAAUAGCUACAGCUAAGAAACGGAAACGACCUCAUUCUUUUGAAACGAAUCCAUCAAUUAGAAAGCGUCAACAAACGAGACUUCUAAGGAAGCUAAAAGCCACAAUAGAUGAAUAUACUAUUAGAGUAGGUCAGCAGGCCAUUGUUUUAGUGGUUACACCAGGUAAACCUCAAAACAACUUCAAAGUAUUCGGUGCUCAUCCUCUGGAAAAUGUGGUAAGAAGUUGUAAAAGUGUAAUUAUGCAAGAAUUAGAGAAUGCUUUAGCACAACAAGCACCUCCUCAAACACAAGAUGAUCCAACUCUACAUGAAUUGCCACCUUUAGUUAUAGAUGGCAUACCUACACCGGUUGAGAAAAUGACUCAGGCACAAUUACGUACUUUUAUUCCUUUGAUGCUUAAAUAUUCCACUGGAAGAGGGAAGCCAGGCUGGGGCAGAGAAUCGACUAGACCAGCUUGGUGGCCAAAAGAGUUACCUUGGGCUAAUGUUAGAAGCGAUGCUAGAACUGAUGAAGAUAAGCAAAAAGUUUCUUGGACUCAUGCAUUAAGACAGAUUGUAAUUAAUUGCUACAAGUAUCAUGGUCGAGAAGACCUCUUGCCCGCAUUUUCCAAUGAUGAUGAUAAGGAAAAGAAGGCAAUUAUUCCUACUGUUUCUGCCAUCGAAACUCUUGCAGGGGCUCAAGGGACAUUGUAUGCUCAACCUCUCACUGCACAUUAUCCAACCAUGGUUCAAACAAUUAGUAAUCCUGAUGGUACAGUGUCUCUUAUUCAAGUUGACCCUGCCAACACUGUUGUUACUCUCCCUGAUGGCACCCAAGCACAGCUACGAACUGUGAGCGCAGUCAGAGUAUUGGGACAGCAAGCUGAUGGUGAAUUAACUGCUGGUACUCAUCAAGUGAACGGCCAGACUGUCACACCAGUAAGCAUUGACCUGAAUGGAGAAGCAGGAGCUCAGGCUGUGGCAACAUUAGCUGAAGCAACCAUUAACCAAGAUGGACAAAUAAUACUUACAGGAGAAGAUGGAACACAAAGUGCUUUUCCAGUUUCUGGAAUGGUGUCGAUACCGGUGUCCAUGUACCAGACAGUUGUAGCCAAUAUAAGUCAACUGACAGACGUACAAGCACAUGGUAUUCAAGUUGCCAUGGCGCCCAUAGUCACUGAAUCUAAUGCUACUGAAGUAUCUGUUAGCGCUACCUCAUCAGAAGAAAAUGUCAGUGUUCUGACAACUGUCACAUCCUCAUCUUCAGUACAAGCUACAGAACAGAGUUAAUAUCUCUUUCUCAUUUGAUUUCUAAAGUGAUGAGAUCUAAAUACGGAGUCUUAAAAGGACUGGAAGUCUGUAAUUUUCAUGCUGUACAUAGUCUUGUUUUUCAUAAUGUACAAAUUCUGUCCAAAAGAAAAGAAAAGACACCUUCAGUAUUUACUGUAAUGCAUGUGUUCCAUGUUUGCCAUGCUGUGAUUUUAAUCAAUUCAUAAUAAUGUUGAUAUAGAAGCAAUGAGAUUGCUCUUUGUAGUUACCGAAUGGCAUUCAUAUUUGAAAAGUCAGUUUUAUACCUGAACAUGCAAAAUCAGCCAUGUACAUAAACACAUUGAUUUAAAUCAUAUUGUAUAAAAACAAAUUAAUUUAAUUUGUUAUUGAUUUUUAGAGUUUCUGAAGUUACAUGUGAUCUCAAUGGUUAUAUACUUGUGAUCUAUUAUUGUUAGUUAAUAAUUUGAGUUUUUAUUUCUUCAGUUGUAUCAAAUGGCAGUUGCACAAAUAGCUGCUCAGUUGUGAAUAUUUUUUUAAUGAUUUAGUGCAAAAUACAUGUUGUUAUCUGAGUUAUUUGUAUGCUUUAGAUUAGUUGAUUGCUAAGUUCCUUUUGUGAAUAGGCUUGUUGAAAAACUUGUCGUUUUUUCUAACAUUAUAAUUAAAUUUGUUGUUUAAGUUUCGGGUAUAUAAAAGCUUUAAUUUUUUUUUAAUCAAAUAUUUCAUUUAGAACUUACGUAUGGCUUGUGCAAUAAAACAAAAUUGUUACUAAAAAUAUGUUUUUAGCAUUGCUAGCGAAUGAACUUAUUUAAGAAAUGCAUGCUGUAUCUUGUAAAUAAGAAAUGGAAUGAUUGUUAUGAUUCUUCAUUUUCAGCUUUAAAAUGCUUGCUUUUUUGUGUAUGAGCAGUAGUGCUGGGCGAUAUGAAAUAUUUAUAUCAUUAUCAGACACUUUCUUAUAUCAUAUUAUAGGCUUAUAAUAUUAAAUCUUUUUUCAGGGUGCAUAGCCAGAUGUUUCAACAAAAAAAUAAGCAAGUUUUAAGUACAUUUUAGGCACUCCAAAAAUAAUUUUUAUCUUAAUUACAAUCUGUGCAGUAAUAAAAUAGAUUUUUUUUCUAUCAUUUAAAGUUCUUAAUUUAUUAACAUAAAAUUCAAAAAUUUUGCGUAAUCAUGAUAAAAUAACUAAUUUCUGAGAAAAUUGUGAACAUCGUACAUUUUUCGUAAUUCUGAUUGUCGCUCUAAGACGAUCAGAACAGCAAAGAUAAAAUCUCUUUUUAAAAGAUAGAAAACUAAGCACUUUUUACAAACCCUGAGUAAAAAAAAGCUCCUUUAAAGGCUCUUAAAAAAUUUAAAUAAAAAAUAAGCACCUUUAAACUUUUUUUAAAAACGCUACACACACUGUUUUACUUAUUUAACAUCAGUUGGCACUUAAUGAAUUUUGUUUCGUUAAAUAUUUUUCUACUUUAAAAUUUAGCUUAUAAGUAAGCAAUUUUCUUUGUUACUUGCAAAUUCAAGAAUGAUGAGAGGUCUGAUCAAUGUAGGUUUAGUUGCUUCUCUAUGUCCUAGAUGAUUGAGAGUGUGGAAAUGAAUAUUACUUAUCUAAUUAUUAAUAAACCAAGAAUAAUUGUCAAGUAUGUAAUAACAAGAAUUGUUAGUUUGAACAACAUUGACAAUUCUGCACGUUGAAAACAACACUUGACUUAAAUACUUUUCCACAAACCUUUUUCUAUAAAGUUAUUUUAUAGGAUAUGGUUGAUUCCUUGAGAACCAUAUUCACAAAAAAAUCUAUGUUUUUGUGAACCAUUGCGCAGUUCGAAUUUUCUGGUAAAGUGUUUGGGGGGGAAAAAAUCAAUUUUUUAAAAAUUUGUAUUAUGUUACUUAAGUCAUAUUAAAUGCAACCAGUUUGUCAGCAAAAAAAUACAAAUUCUGUUUUUAGUGUUAUAUAUAAUUAUAAAGGUUUUAAGAAGCAUAAAACUAUAAUUUUCAUUAAAAAAAUAACUUUUUUAUGAGAUGUCUGCAAAUUUUUAGACUUUGAGAACAAGACUUAUUGAAUUAAUUUAAUGUGUGUUAUUGCGCUAUUAAAAUUAUUUUUUACUGUUAUUUGGUUUAAGCAACUUUAUACUUCUGAUUAAUAUUCAAUAGAUUUUAUGGGUAAUAAUUUAUAAUUGGCCUAAAGUCUACAAUUAAUUAGUAAGCUUCAAAUGCCAUCAACACAAUGGUCUUGUUCAAAAUAUUUUCCUAAAUUCACAUUUUUAAGCUGAACAUUGAAGUUUCUCUUUUUUUGUUUUAAAAGCUAUUGCACUGCCAUUUUGUUUAACUGUGAUAGAACAUAAAGGUUCUAUACCUUAGCAGCUUUUCUGUUGCGAUUUGUAUAUUAUGUUUUUCAAUGUGGAAAAAUUCUAGUCUAAUCUUCUCUGUUAAGUAUGUUGGCUUUGUAAAAUGUAUUGUUUCUGUGAAUUAAUGUGUUUUAGAAUGUCUUAUUAGGUAAAUGAAUUUGACGUAGACCUUAAAUUCUGAAAUUUCUAACUAAUUUAUGUUUUAUGAAGUGUGAAAGAUACUUUAUAUUCCAUUAAUUUCUUGAUUUAUGUUACAAGACUUGAACUCGAAGUAAAGCUAAAUCACCUAAAGGAAUAUUUUAUUUUGGAAAAAAUAGCUUCCAAAUUGUUUUUAUAUCUUUCUUUUUUACAAUUGUUCUAGUUUCUACAUAGAAUCUAGACAGAAUAGCAAACAGUUUCAAUUAAUGGUUUUAUCAAAAUUUCAUCUAAUUAAAAAUAGCCUCUGUUUGCAUCUUUCUUAUACAUAAGAAUCUUAUGUCUUUUCAUACAUAAGAAGAGCACAUUUUGUGGAAAACUCUAAAAACUUAUUUCUGUUGAUUGAAACAUUAUAAAUUUCGAUCUUAAAAUAGCAUCUGCUUCCUGAAUCAACUUGUCCUAGAUUUAACCAGGCUCAGUGCAAGAAUAUUGUGUCAUGAAUUUAACUUUACUUUUCCAGCAAGCCUUGUAUUGUGAAGUUUUAAAAAAUUCGAAUAAAUAAAGAGCUAUUUUCUCUUUAUAGUUAAAUAAAACAGUCUUGUUUUAUUGAAACUUGAUGCGAUUUCAUACUUAACGGAUACAAUAUUGUCAUGCUUAAGUCUGCAAGUAGUUUAUUUUUCUGUAGUAUUUUAUCAUGUUUUGACUUUAAAAACUGAUAAAUCACUAAGUUUUGAUUCAGUACAUAUACAGAUAUUCAGUACAUUUUGUCCCAAAUGUUUCUGUAUCAAAGUAAAAGUUACAGGAAAAAACAAACAAACCGGUGUCUUUUUUUCAUAUUUUAGUUAAAUGAUAUUUGAUUUACUAUAAUGCAUAAAUGAGGGACAAUGUUUGUUACUCUUGAUAUUUUGGGAAUUACGUUACAUAUUUCAACAGAAAUACAAAUAUAUGUCUUUAUAAAAAGACUUCUUUUUUUAAUAAGAUAAAUUACGGUCAUAUUCAUUAACUAGCGCUUAAUUGUGUAAAUUUUUGACAUUUAUAUUUUAAGAUUCAGUUUGAAUCUUGAGUUUAAAAAAACAUGUAAAAAUUUCUUUGACAGCCACUUUAAAAGAUUUUAAUAUUUUGUGCUUUACUUUCUGGAAAAUUUGCUAUUUAUUUGCCAAGUUACAAUGUUAAUUCAGAGGUUCCACUAUACAUGAUAAGGGCAUUUUUCUUAUGGAAAAAAAGUUCACUUCUAACAUUGAUUCUGAAUCACUUACCAAAAUGUAAUUUAUUCAUAGUUUCGAAAUUAUUUUUUGGAUAAAAUUUUGUGACUUUAAUGGCCUAAAGAGAGCUUAAAAAAUUUAUUUAAAAGUGCCUGCUUUAACUGUUCAAAAUUGAAAUAAACGUAACACUUUGAUGAAUACUUUAAAAUUAGCUAUGUAAUUAAAAAAACACUGAAAUAAACAAAUUUGUAUAAAUUUUUUGUUAAUUAAUUAUAGUCGGUUUUGUCAUUAAACUUUUUUUCUCACGUUCCUGAUUGUAAAUUAUCCAAACAAAAACAUCUUAAAUUAUAUAUUUAAUUAUAUAAUGUCCCCCUGUUGUUUUGCCAACUGUACAUCUGCCAUAUUUAAACUGUUUUAUAUUCUACUAAGAACCUAAUAGUUUUAGUGCACUUGUUUCCAGAUUUUGUUUCCUUUCUAAUUAAUAACCAACUGCCUGGAUUAUGCUAACUAAUUGCCUGGAAUUUUUUUUACUAAUAAAAAUAUGUUAAAAAUAACUUCUCAACUGCAAAAAGUAUUUUUUAUAGCUCAUUUGUUAAAAAAAGAUUGUCCCUCUAAAAAUCUAAUUUCAUUAAUAAUGUUUGGGUAAAUUGUGCCAAAGAAAAAAAAAUUAUUUUUGUGUGUAUAUGUGAAAAUAAUGUCAUAGUAUAUAGAAUGAACAUAUCUUGUAGAUCUGGCAGUGUUUUUAUCCCUUGGGCUUUUUUUUUUUUUUUCUUUGUUCCUGUAUUAAAUAUAUUUAUCUAUUUGUUUUAAAAACCUGAAAAUAAAAACCAAAUAUAACUUCUAAAUGUUUAUAUAUUUUAAUUAUGGACUUGAGUGAAAUCUAUGUAACAUAACUUAACAGUCAGUCUUAGAUUGUAGUGUAUAUAUAUUAGAUUGUGUAAGAUUUAAUUUAUGUGAAAUUGUUAUGACAAACAUGAUUUUGUGUCUGUAGACUAAAAUAUUCAUCUUGUCAAACGAAUAAACUAUGCAAAAAAUUUCAA